AUGAGCCACAGGACCUCUUCCACCUUCAGAGCGGAGAGAAGCUUCCAUUCCUCCUCGUCCUCGGCCUCCUCGGCCUCCUCGGCCUCCUGUGCCCUCCCAGCCCAGGACCCGCCCAUGGAGAAAGCCCUGAGCAUGUUUUCCGAGGAUUUUGGCAGCUUCAUGCGGCCCCACUCGGAGCCCCUGGCCUUCCCAGCUCACAGCAGCCUUCCCCCUAUAGCCCGUCCCGGGGGGCCGGGCAACAUCAAGACCCUCGGGGAUGCCUACGAGUUUGCAGUGGACGUGAGUGACUUCUCACCUGAAGACAUCAUUGUCACCACCUCCAACAACCACAUCGAGGUGCGGGCUGAGAAGCUGGCAGCUGACGGCACGGUCAUGAACACCUUCGCUCACAAGUGUCAGCUGCCGGAGGACGUGGACCCCACCUCGGUGACCUCUGCCCUGAGGGAGGACGGCAGCCUCACCGUCCGGGCCCGGCGCCACCCGCACACGGAGCACGGCCAGCAGACCUUCCGGACCGAGAUCAAAAUCUGAGGGCCUCCCUGUCCCGGGCCCCUCCCGCUCCCCCCUUCUCCCCACACUGGCCUGCCAGAGAAGUUUGCCUCACCCCUCAUGACAGCUUGCAGCACUUCCCAGCUCAAGCUCCAGGCCCUGAGGUGGCUCAUCCCCCCUAAACUGAGGCCUUCUGCUCCCCAGGGCAGGCCAGGGAAACUUUUGCCUCACCUACAGCCCCCAAGAUUCCAGAUGUGGCCUCUUUCACUGAAUCCGGGAUAAAGGGAUUGAGAUGGGAAAGGAAGCUCCCAGAGAACCCACUUUGGGGAAAGGGACUGCGACAGGCAGGAUCUCCAGGCAAAUAAUCUGCAGGACAGACAGACAGACAAACCCUUUGAUCUCUGGAGUCUCUGCAGGGCAGGGGUGGAGGGGACAGAGACCUGGGACCCCCUUGACCGAGGGGAGUGGGGGGGAGGCAGAGGCGCUGAUCCAAGUGGAACUGCACAGGGAAGCCAGAGGGGACAGCCCCGGCGGGGAACCUCCUCUCUGCCACACCCCAAGCCCCAAGCCCCAAGCCCCAAGCCAGGCUGCCUGCCUACCUGGUGCCCCCACCAGCCUGCUGUGCCGGGGCGGGGCCACACAAUGUCUGUAUAUAGAUGGGGUUCUUCCAAUACACCUGGUUCGUGAUAAACUGUACAGCACCCCUGACCCCCACCUCCCCCCCCCCGCUUGUGUCCCCAGGCAAGGCCUCACUGAGCGGUGGGGCUGGUCCUUCCUCCCACCCCGAGACCAGGGCUCCUGCGGCUGCCUCCCCUGCAGACAGGUCACCCAGCUGAGGUGGGAGAGACAGCAUGGAUGGGACCUUAGGUCUUCAAGGUUGGACCCCUUGAAGUUUCUUGUCAACCUUCCCCUGUGGCCAGUCACCUCCCCCAUCCUGCCCCCUCUUUAAUCGGUGAAUCUAUAGGCUUGGUGUGUGUAUAUACCACACACACAUGCCCAUGGUCACAUCCUUCAAAUACUGAACAAUACCAUUAGCUGAGGCUGAAUUCAGCAUAUUCGAAAAUCAGAUUUUAUAAUCUCUAUUUUUAUCAGUGGGGAAACUGAGUCCCUGAGCAGUUGAAAGCCCGGCUCAUUCAUUAAAGGCUGGAUUUGAACCCAGGCUGUGAAAGCUGCUCUCAAGCGGACCCCCUCCCCUCUGAGCACGGGGGAGUAGUUCCCCUCCUUCUGCCUCAUGUGGCCUCUGCAUCCUGCCCCACAUCUUCAUGCUGAAGAGUGCCCGGAUUGUAGGAAGAGCCCCCAACCCAGUUCCCUUCUAGUCUCCAGUCCAGGGCAAGGGACCUCCAGGGAGGUCAUCCUUCAUCUUAGGGAGCCUCAGAUACCCCCAGUGACACUGGCUCAGUCUCCAACAUACAGAAGCAGGGGUGGGGGGGAAAGGGGUGGUUCACAGUAGUUGAGGCCCCC